UGGGCGGGGCUAACAGAACGAAGCGCGGUGGCGGUGAGUGGCUCGGUGCUCUGGCUGAUCUUGCUGCUCCACUCAUCGGAUUGGGAUUCGCCGCGAUCUCCGGUGCAAAGAUGUCCGACGACGAACAGCAAGAGCAGACCAUUGCCGAGGACUUGGUUGUGACCAAGUAUAAGAUGGGCGGUGACAUUGCUAACCAGGCACUGCGUGUGGUCAUCGAGGCGGCCAAGCCCGGCGUGUCUGUUCUCAGUAUGUGUGAGAGAGGAGAUGCUUACAUUAUGGCAGAGACCGGGAAGGUCUUCAAGAAGGAGAAGGACAUGAAGAAAGGCAUUGCGUUCCCCACCAGCGUGUCAGUCAAUAACUGUGUAUGCCACUUCUCUCCCUUGAAGAGCGACCCUGACUACACGCUUAAAGACGGAGACUUGGUCAAAAUUGACCUGGGAGUACAUGUCGAUGGAUUUAUCUCCAAUGUGGCGCACAGCUUUGUUGUUGGGGCCAGUAAGGAAGCACCUGUGACGGGCAGGAAAGCUGAUGUCAUCAGAGCUGCCUACUUGUGUGCAGAAGCAGCACUGCGUCUUGUAAAACCUGGCAACCAAAACACGCAGGUGACUGAGGCAUGGAACAAGAUCGCCCACUCUUUCAAAUGCAAUCCAAUUGAAGGUAUGCUGUCCCACCAGUUAAAGCAACACAUUAUUGAUGGGGAGAAGACGAUCAUCCAAAACCCCACAGACCAGCAAAAGAAGGACCAUGAGAAAGUGGAGUUUGAGGUCCAUGAGGUGUAUGCUGUAGAUGUACUGAUCAGUACAGGGGAAGGGAAGACAAGAGACGGAGGACAGAGGACCACCAUCUACAAGCGGGACCCCAGUAAGCAAUAUGGCCUGAAAAUGAAAACCUCUAGAAUAUUCUUCAGCGAGGUGGAGAGACGCUUUGACGCCAUGCCCUUCACUCUCAGGGCAUUUGAAGAUGAGGCAAAGGCCCGUUUGGGAGUGGUCGAGUGUGCCAAACAUGAGCUACUGCAGCCCUUCAGUGUACUCAGUGAAAAAGAGGGAGAGUUUGUGGCCCAGUUCAAGUUCACAGUAUUGCUGAUGGCCAAUGGGCCUUUGAGAAUCACCAGUGGACCAUUUGAGCCUGAGCUUUACAAAUCUGAGUAUGAUGUUCAGGAUCCUGAGCUGAAGUCUCUGAUACAGAGCUCUGCAAGUCGUAAAGCACAGAAGAAGAAGAAAAAGAAGGCUUCCAAGAAUGCAGAAAAUGCUACAGGGCAGCAAGCAGAGAAUGAAGUUGCAGCUGAAUAGUUACCUUGCGCUCCUAAAACCAAUACAUAUUCUCUGUCACACACAAAUUUCUAGCUCCUAGAAAUUUAAAACCUAAAUUUUCCAUUGAACUGUUGUCCAUUGAAACCUGUGACAAAAAGCCAUCCAUUAGUUAGUGUGAUUUGGAAACACAAGAAAUUGAAAUUGGUCUGACAGACAAUGACUUUGUACUGAUUUGUACUGAUCUAUUGGCACUUAUCUUUUUGAAGCACUAGGUUUACACUGAACUGAAACAUGACACCUUUUGGAAAUGAAAUUGAUUAAAAAAAAUAGCAGUUCUUUUGUAGUAUUAAGGUUUCCGCUGUGUUGAUCUUCUUAAUUGAAUAAAAAUGUUUGGCCUAGUAGCUGAAUUGAAACUGGGCUAGGUUAAUAUGGAGGGAUGACUGUUACAGCAGUUUAAGCAAUUUGGAAAGUUUCUAAUAUCUUGUCAUUCCUCAGGGCUGAGAUGUGAUUUCUAAGCAAAGCCUCCCACUUUUAAGGACUAGUAGGUCUCUAAAUUGGAUCUAGAACCCUUCCACAGAGUAUUGAAAUGCUUUUUUGGGUGCACAAAGUUAUUAUACAGUCGCAUUCUUUUCAAAACGGGGACAUUUUUGGAACUGUGGUACACUUAUUAUUAGUAACUGCCAUCCCUGUUUCCCCUCUAGUCUAACAGUGAGGGAUUUAAACCAGAAGGUAGAUUUGUCUGAUUAAACUCUGUAUUUCCCUCACCACUCACUUUGCCUUCACCUUACACGAAAUGUUCUUGUCUUUGUCUCAUUUAAAGCUUCUGCUGAAUCAUGAAAUUCGUCCCAGUCGAUACUGAAACUGUACAUACAUUCUUUUAAGUAUCUCUAGUAAAACAUCAGGUCUAAACUGCUGCUAAGCCACUUUCAUAGGCCCCAUUUUGCAUGCAUAUGUACCAGACCAUACUCUCCUGACCCCCUACAAAUAAUACCUAUUGGGUAAAAGUGUAGGUAAACUAUUGAGGUUGAUGUUUUGCUGAAAAGCAUGCAAAUGUGGUCCAGAGUCAGACAAGAGCAGUCAGGAGACACUAAAGAUUGAUCUGCCUCAUUUAACAUAUUCAUGUGAAAUUGCAGGAUUAUACUUCUCAAAGACAGGCUGUUGGUCAAGGACCAGUUUUGCCCAGUCUCAAAUGCAGUCUAAUAUUUAAUACAUAACAGUUUUAAAAAAAAAAUGCAGGAGCUCUAUUCAAAGCCAUUGCCGCUUGAUCUGAGUCACUGUGCUGCACCAUUCAGAUUACUUCAAAAAAAAAAAAAAAAACCGGUGAAGUCGGUGUGCUGUGGCUCAGGAUUUGAUGUAUGACUGGAGUGAAGUGACUGGGCAGAACAGGUUGAAUGUGGUGUGAUGGGGGUGUGAUGGGACUGUGCUGAGCUUGUCUUUACUUCCACUCCCAGCUCUUACUCUUCAGCUCUUCAGCAGUGCCAUGUGCCUGGGACCAGUCCAGAUUGACACUAUUCUGUUUUUCUAGGAGAAACCAGUAUAUGAGACUAUUUUACAUCUAAUGAAAUAAAACAAGACUUUGAAUAUUUUUUUUUCUUUAAA